GGGAUCGUGACGAGCUCGGUCAAUCAAUCACAUGCUCGUCUCACGUGACAAGGAGACGGACGCGUCCUGCCUCUCCCUGCGUUCUCCAGGUUUACAUCGAAUCCAGACAUUACUCUUCGAUCUCUAUCAAGUCUCCCACCAUGCCUGCACUCCCUUGGGACAAGGAAAUAUCGAAAGAGCUAGAUACUAUCCGCUCUCAAACCAGGGCGCAGCUCGAUUGCAUCUCGCGACCUGUAUUAUUGUUGUGCGCUUUCUCUGUCGGCUCUCUCACUACAAUCUGCGGUGCUUUUGCGUAUAAUCGCUACCUUCGCCGCAUUCCCAACAGUGACUGGAUCACACCAGACAUCUUCGCUAAGAAGAGAUGGGUACGAGGUACCGUCACCAGCGUCGGGGACUCAGAUAACUUCCGUUUGUAUCACACACCCGCAUUUGGAUGGAGUUGGCCAUUUAAGUUUAGGACCGUUCCAUCAACGGCGAAAGGCUUGAAGGACAAGACGCUGCACAUCCGUAUUGCUGGAGUGGACGCUCCAGAGGUCUACCUCCAUCGCCUAUUUGACCACCCCCACUCACUACCUGAAGGGGGCUCAUUUCGGUCGACCAUCUCAACCGUUCUUUGAAGAAAGCCUUGCUUGGUUGCGGCAUGCUGUGCUGGGAAGGACCGUGUAUUGCCAACUGCUACGGAGAGAUCAGUAUUCUCGUGUCGUGCGUUCACACUGCCAUAUCCCAGUCACUGAAUGGCAAUAGAGAUCAGGUGGCUCUUGUUGUGCUUCCGCCGCGAUUUUUGGCCGGGAGUAGGCUCCUCGGGAAAAGUCUCUCCUUAGAGAUGCUCAAGGCAGGCUGGGUAACGACAUACGAACAGGUCGGCGUGCCCGUGACGGAAAGUGCACAUGAGCUCACUGCUGCAGGCUGGCGCUGAAUACGGCAAAUGGGGCAAGGAAGAGUUCUUGCGAGUGGAAGCUGAAGCGAGGUGCAUCAUCUUCCUCACGAGUACUCCACAUCCUCAAAAAAUGGAAUAUGCAGAGCGGCUCGUCGUGGAAUGUGGGUAAACGGCAUCCUCGCUGAAAGCCCUGCGGAGUACAAGCGACGCUUUGCAGCAAAAGAUCGCGAGACUGUCAAGACUGAUUCGGGCCCCUCUGAAACACCUGCCGCUUCCGCGGCCAAGAGCAAGCGUUGGUUGUUCAAAUGGCUCUAGAACGACCUCGAGAUUCAAUCGAUAGUGACAUAAGCGAGAUGAUGUACUGUGGAGGGUCACCUCGUGGGACAGUACAUGAUGUGAGACACCAGGGUUCUUGAGAGGCUCCAGUAGAUGUCUUGUGUAAAGCAGUAUUCCUGUAUCAUAGAAGGAUAGUAUGUGAGUCCACAAGCCAAGUUU